AUGAACCCUCAGGACAGUGCCGUUUGGCGCUGGCUUCGCGAUGUGCCUUGUGAAAGGGUGGCUACCCCACCAGAUACGGCGCCAUCAUCGCCAUCGAAUAACUUGAAACGGAAAGGAACUAGAACUGCCCGAUCUACAAGUCCCGCGAAACGACAGAGGAUCCUUGACGAUGCGGAUAAUGUGUACCCUGACCAAAGUGCGUCCGCGAUUGCAGCUACAGAGCUUUCGGAGAGAACAAAGCCCUUCUAUCGAUUGCCUUCCAGCGCGUCGAAACGCGCAGUGAGUCCAGUUCGAGACUUGCUCAAUGAUUUGCGAGCGUCGAAACCUGCUGUUUUCUGUGAAUUACCCUCUACGAUUCCCUUACCAGAGAAUGCCUACGCUUUAUGCAUCACCCUUACUGAAGGUCUACACGAACGGGUGAUACCCAUUGGCCUGAAGAUGGUCGAUCGGAUCGUGAACUGGACACUUUGGGAAACUAUCACGGAAAUACUGAGCGAAGCCCGGGAAUCGAGCCUAUUUCAACAGGAUGAGAAUGCGUGGUACACCAAGGUGGUCUAUCCUAUGUUACACCUUGCAUUUAAGGGCAGCAUGCUCAAAGUGGAGAGCGUACAAUCCCAGACGAUCAACCCUGAGCUACUCCCGAUAAUGCCGAAUAACUACCGCGUCCAGAAGAAGUGCGAUUAUGCGUUUAGCUUUCAUAGAAAUACUCAGCAGGUCUCUGAUUUAUAUGGUGCCCUCACUUGUACAGGCGCAGGCGGUGCAUUGAGUCAAACAAUGGAUUCGAAUACGAAGCGCUGGCUGCUCUUUUCCGGGCUUGCAGUCAAACAUGAGAACGGUGGGAAGGAUGAAGCACUUGCCCAACUUGCUACUUGGAUUGCGGCGGGGAUGGAAAAUACUAGGAAACUUUGGAGUCGAUCCUCCGAAGAGGUACAUCCGUAUUGUGACCUGCCUCCAAUGGUUGGGUGGACUGUUGUUGGCCAUGACUGGCAUACUUGGGUGACAUUUGGUGCUACUGAUAAUGGCACGGACAGCCUUUACGUCGUAGGACCUUGGAGGGCGGCUGCCGCGGACACGAGAGAUGUGUAUGGAGCUUUCAAGUUGCUGAAGCUUUUGCGUAGGGCAUCGGCUUAUGCGAGCACUACGUAUUGGCCUUGGUUGCGGCAAAAAGUUCUCGAGCCGCUGUGUAGUGACAGCUAA